GCCGGAAGUGGCUUGUUCGCCGGGGCAGAGUCGUAGAGUCGUGCGGUGAAGAAGUGCCAGAGCGGCGGGGCUGGACGCUCCGGGACGAGCUCUCUGGUGUUUCCACCUGACCUUGAGGAAUAGUCAUGUCAUCAGAAUCAAGCAAAAAACGGAAGCCCAAGGUUAUCCGAAGUGAUGGAGCCCCAGCUGAAGGAAAAAGGAAUCGAUCUGAUACUGAGCAGGAAGGUAAAUACUACAGUGAGGAGGCCGAGGUGGACCUUCGGGACCCUGGCAGAGACUAUGAGCUAUACAAGUACACGUGCCAGGAGCUACAGAGGCUGAUGGCCGAGAUCCAGGACCUAAAGAGCAGGGGCGGCAAGGAUGUGGCAAUUGAAAUCGAAGAACGGAGGAUCCAGAGCUGUGUGCAUUUCAUGACUCUAAAGAAGCUUAACCGAUUAGCCCACAUCAGGUUGAAGAAAGGAAGAGAUCAGACCCAUGAGGCUAAGCAGAAAGUAGAUGCCUAUCACUUGCAGCUACAGAACCUGUUGUAUGAGGUGAUGCACUUACAGAAGGAGAUCACCAAAUGUCUGGAGUUCAAGUCAAAGCACGAAGAAAUUGACCUGGUCAGUUUAGAGGAGUUUUAUAAAGAGGCUCCACCAGAUAUCAGCAAGGCUGAAGUCACCAUGGGAGACCCUCACCAACAAACCCUGGCACGUCUGGACUGGGAGCUGGAACAGCGGAAAAGGCUGGCAGAGAAGUACCGAGAGUGCCUGUCCAAUAAGGAGAAGAUCCUCAAGGAGAUUGAGGUGAAGAAGGAGUACCUGAGCAGCCUCCAGCCUCGCCUCAACAGCAUCAUGCAGGCUUCCCUCCCUGUGCAGGAGUACCUGUUCAUGCCGUUUGACCAGGCUCACAAGCAGUAUGAGACAGCCAGGCAUCUGCCACCUCCCCUCUAUGUCCUCUUUGUCCAGGCCACUGCAUAUGGGCAGGCCUGUGGUGAGUGUGGGGGCUGGGCGAGGAAGAGGGGCUGUGGGAGCAGCAGCUGUGGCCGAUUGAGUCAUUUGGAACCACUGCCUGCCCAGAAGCCCUCAGCUCAUAUGAAAUCCUCCUCCCAGCCCCCUAGACAGGAUAAGAUGUUGUCUGUGGCGAUCGAAGGCAGUGUGGAUGAAGCCAAGGCUCUGUUCAAGCCUCCUGAGGAUUCCCAAGAUGAUGAGAGUGACUCGGACGCUGAGGAGGAGCAGACCACGAAACGCCGGCGACCCACGCUGGGGGUUCAGUUGGAUGACAAGCGCAAGGAGAUGUUGAAGAGGCAUCCGCUGUCCGUCAUGCUUGACCUGAAGUGCAAAGAUGACAGUGUGCUUCACCUGACUUUCUACUACCUUAUGAACCUCAACAUCAUGACAGUAAAAGCUAAAGUGACAACCGCCAUGGAGCUGAUCACCCCCAUCAGUGCAGGUGACUUGCUGUCCCCUGACUCCGUCCUGAGCUGUUUGUAUCCUGGGGAUCAUGGAAAGAAAACUCCGAAUCCAGCCAAUCAGUAUCAGUUUGAUAAAGUCGGCAUCCUGACUUUGAGAGACUAUGUGCUUGACCUGGGUCACCCCUACUUAUGGGUACAGAAGCUGGGUGGCCUCCACUUCCCCAAAGAGCAGCCACAGCACACGGUGAUCACUGACCACUCACUGAGUGCCAGCCACAUGGAGACUACCAUGAAACUGCUGAAGACCAGGGUGCAGUCCCGCCUGGCUCUCCACAAACAGUUUGCAUCCCUAGAGCAUGGCAUUGUACCAGUUACCAGUGAUUGCCAGUACCUCUUCCCUGCCAAGGUUGUCUCUCGCCUGGUGAAGUGGGUGACAAUUGCCCAUGAGGAUUACAUGGAGCUGCAUUUCACCAAAGACAUUGUGGAUACGGGACUGGCUGGGGACACCAAUCUCUACUACAUGGCACUCAUUGAAAGGGGCACAGCCAAACUCCAGGCUGCCGUGGUGCUAAACCCCGGCUACUCCUCCAUCCCUCCCAUUUUCCAGCUCUGUCUGAACUGGAAAGGGGAGAAGACGAACAGCAACGAUGACAACAUUCGGGCCAUGGAGAGUGAAGUCAAUGUGUGCUACAAGGAGCUGUGUGGCCCCCAGCCCAGCCACCAGCUCUUGACCAACCAGCUACAGCGGCUUUGUGUGCUGCUGGACGUCUACCUGGAGACCGAGAGCCAUGACGACAGCGUGGAGGGGCCCAAGGAAUUUCCACAGGAGAAGAUGUGUCUGCGGCUUUUCAGGGGUCCCACCAGGAUGAAACCGUUUAAAUAUAACCAUCCUCAGGGAUUCUUCAGCCAUCGCUGACCUGCUCGGCUCGUCUUUUCCCCCAAGUACUGGGCUUCUGCUUGCUGCUCUGGCCCACAUGUGGCUCUUGAUAUUCCCCAGAUGUAUUACCCUAUUAAAGUGUCAUCUGAGUCUUAUAGCACCAUGGUCACAGGUUUGGACCCCUGUACUGGCCAGCCACAAAAAAAAUAAAAAUAAAAUAAUUAUAUUAAGUGAAACAAGUCAGGUACAGAAAGAGAAAUACCACAUGUACUCACUUAUUGGUGGGAGCUAAAAAUUAAUAAAUUCACACACACACACACACACACCCACCCACACA